UCUAUCCAACUUAACCCUUCACCCCCUCGAAAAAUGGGGGUACUUACGAGACCAUUCAUCCGAAUUAGCAAGAGAACUACACGGCAUAUGAGUACAUGGAGUAGCAACCGCGACUUGUUCGAGUACACUUCCGGGCGAUUCUUAUUCAACGAGCAGCGUCGACUUGCUGAGCGUCGCGUCCAGUUCAAUGUUGAUGCGCUUGUGAACGCUGUAUGCCAGUCAACCAACCGCCCUGCCGGUGACAUCUCUUCACUCUCAAAACUUACGGAAAACGACCAAAACCGCGUCAUUCAAACCACAUUCAAAGAUGGCCAUAAUGUGCUUGCCAAAAUACCGUACAAGAUAGCUGUUCCGGAGAAACUCGCGGUAGCGAGUGAGGUGGCCACCCUCGAUUUACUCCGCCGUACUGGCGUACCAGUUCCCAAGGUUCUGGCCUACUGCGCUGGCCGUACGAAUCCCGUUGGUGCUGAAUACAUUCUUUUGGAGAAACCGGAAGGACGGCCCUUGAGUGAGACAUGGCUCUCUAUGACGAAUGAAACGCGAGCGGAGGUUAUGAAGCAGAUUGUCGCCGAGGAAAGCAAGUUUUUGAGCAUACCCUUUCCCUCGAGUGGAAGUGGAAGUCUGUAUUAUCGCAGAGACUUGGAGGAGGCUCAAUUCUGUAUAUCUCUUCCUGCGCAGGAGGGCAUCAUCCCUCCACCUGACCAAAUGGUCUUUGGACCAUCUACGCAAAGCACCUGGUGGUAUCAAGAACGGAAAUUACUGGACGUCGACCGUGGCCCAUGGUCCGAUUACCUUUCAUGUUUCGAAGCCCCCGCCAAACGCGAACUAGAAUAUUGCAAGCGCUUCGUCAAACCUCGUCUCCACCCUGAAAGAUACCUACGAGAACUGUACCAUUCCAAAGAGAUGUCCCAGACUGCCCACAUUGACCUUCUCUCCGACUAUCUGAAACUAGCACCCUAUCUCAACGUCCCAUUAGACCACCCGUUCGCUUAUCCCACCCUCCGCCAUCCAAACCUCUCGCCGGACAACAUCCUAGUCGAUUCCUCAUACAACAUCACAGCAAUAAUCGAGUGGCAAAAUGCCGUGGUACUCCCUCUGUGCCUCUGCGCCGCGGUACCCGACUCCUUCCAAAACUGGGGUGGACCCGGGUCAGAAACCCUGACGAAACCCGAUACCAAUCUGCCGAAGGAUUACCACGAGCUAAGCGCCUACGAACAGGCAAAAGCCCAGGAAGCGGUUCUAAAGCGCAUCGCGCAUUACUAUUACAGUGCCCUAACAACACAGGACCACUUCGAUGCUAUGAGCGGCGAGAAUUCGAUUCGUCGAGCCGAGGUAUUCAAGCGUGUCGGGGUACCCUGGGAAGGGAACUCUCUGCCUCUCAAAGUUGCGACGAUGGACACUGUCAUCAGAUGGCCCACUGGUGCUAUGGCUAUUGAUAAUGAGAACUGUUCAGGCCUGGUUGAGUGUCCAGUGAAGUACUCGGAGCAAGAGAUAUCGCAGUGCAGGAACGAGCUUAAACAGGUAGCUGGAGCACGCCAGGAGCUUGCGGGAUUGACUGAGAUGAUUGGUAUAGAUUCUUUGGGGUGGGUUCCUGACGAUGAACAGCUUGAGCGAUCAAGAGCUAUGGCGCAGACGACUAAAGAGGCUAUGCUGGAGAAUUCAGAGAGUGAUGUUCAGCGGACUGCAGUUAUGGAACAUUGGCCUUUUGAUGAUCAUGAUGAAGGCCCUUUAGAUAUUGAGGAUUGAUGGAUAUUUUGAGCAUAUAUUCUCGACUCUUAUCUGUUUCACAGCUCAGCAUCCAACCAACAUCAAACGACAGGUGGCCCUCUUCGGCCGUGUCGAUAUCCUGUAAAUGACAACCAAUCAAGAAAAGAAACGAAAGAUAAAUUAGCUAGAAAGCUAAAGCCAUCCACUAAAUAAUUUCAGUCAUAAAAAUAUGGGU